GAAGUCAAGAACACAAUAGAAACCAAAUUUAUUCUUAUUCUUAACUAACGACUCAGUGACGCGUGUCCCUCAUAUAAUCACCACCACUCUCGUUACACUCAUAUAUAUACACUAAACAUCAUUCAGAAUGUAAAAUCACAAGAAAGAAAAUAUAAAACAAAAUGGGCUACGAAAGACUCGGACCAUCCAAACCAAGUGGUUCGGUCACAGCCACCACAGCUCCGGCUCCGAACGUGAACCAAGUCUCCACGUCAACACAACCGGAAAAUACUAACCGGAGAAGAAAGAAGCUUCUAGUGUCGUCAAUCAUCGUAGCUUUCGCCCUUAUCCUCGCCGCCGCGAUUUUCGCCGGAGUCCGAUCAAAUGUCAACUCUUCCCAACACGUCCCAGGGCUAGCUCGGAAACCAAGCCAAGCAAUCUCAAAAGCCUGCGAGCCGACUCGUUUCCCCGAGCUAUGCGUCGACUCACUCAUGGACUUCCCUGGCUCACUCGCCGCCUCCUCCGCCAAAGAUCUGAUCCACGUGACGGUGAACAUGACGCUACACCACUUCAGCCACGCACUCUACUCAUCUUCCUCCUUCUCCUUCCUCGACAUGCCACCGCGUGUCCGCUCCGCCUACGACUCAUGCCUCGAGCUGUUAGACGAUUCCGUUGACGCGCUCUCACGCGCUCUCUCCUCCGUCGUUUCAGUCUCAACCGGCGAGACGAAGCCUCAAGACGUGAUGACGUGGCUGAGCUCGGCUCUUACGAACCACGAGACGUGCGUGGAAGGGUUCGAUGGUGUCGGCGACGGUGGAGUGAAGGAUCAGAUGACAGAUGCGUUAAAGAAUCUCUCGGAGCUUGUUAGCAACUGCUUAGCUAUAUUCGCAGCGAACGGUGACGGCGACGGGAAUGACUUUACCGGAGUGCCGAUACAGAACAGGAGGAGGAGGCUCUUGGACGUAGGAGACAAUAACGUGAAGUUCCCGAGAUGGACCAAGAGAAGAGAGCGUGAGAUCUUGGAAAUGCCGGUGUCUCAGAUACAAGCUGAUAUCAUCGUCUCGAAAGACGGCAACGGCACGUGCAAAACUAUAUCGGAAGCUAUCAAGAAAGCUCCUCAGUACAGUAGUCGCCGGAUUAUUAUUUACGUCAAAGCCGGAAGGUACGAAGAGAACAACCUUAAGGUCGGUAGGAAAAAAAUUAAUUUGAUGUUCGUUGGAGAUGGGAAAGGUAAAACUGUCAUUUCUGGAGGGAAGAGUAUAUUUGACAAUGUCACCACUUUCCACACCGCUUCGUUUGCUGCGACCGGAGCCGGUUUUAUUGCAAGAGACAUAACAUUCGAAAACUGGGCCGGUCCGGCAAAGCACCAGGCAGUUGCUCUCCGCAUUGGGGCUGACCAUGCGGUUAUAUAUCGAUGCAAUAUAAUUGGUUACCAAGACACACUAUACGUCCAUUCAAACCGCCAAUUCUUCCGUGAAUGUGAUAUUUACGGUACAGUCGAUUUCAUUUUCGGUAAUGCAGCCGUAGUACUACAAAACUGUAGCAUCUACGCACGCAAACCCAUGGACCUUCAGAAAAACACAAUCACGGCUCAAAACCGGAAAGAUCCGAACCAAAACACCGGAAUAUCGAUACAUGCGUCUAGGGUUUUGGCCACCCCUGAUCUCCAAGCGACCAAUGGUACCAUCCAGACGUAUCUAGGCCGACCGUGGAAGCUAUUCUCUAGGACGGUUUACAUGUUAACGUAUAUCGGCAGUCAUGUACACACGAGAGGUUGGCUGGAGUGGAAUACAACAUUUGCUUUAGAUACUCUAUACUACGGUGAAUAUUUGAACUCGGGUCCCGGGUCGAACCUUUCGCAACGUGUGAAUUGGCCAGGGUAUCGUGUCAUCAAUUCGACGGCUGAGGCAAACCGGUUUACGGUGACGGAGUUUAUAUAUGGUUCAUCGUGGUUACCUUCAACUGGGGUUUCGUUCUUGGCCGGAUUAAACAUUUAGGUAAAGGAAAAUAAAAUGAUUUUCUUUCCGAUGCAUUGUUUCAUUCUUGCGUCCAUAUAUUAAUGGACAUAUAUGAUUAAUCCUUUCCUAUACAAUUUAACUUUUUAAUUGUAUGAUUUCGGGAUAUAUAUAUUAUUCAAUAAGAUCGUGACUCGAGGAUAA